AGGUUAGGCUUUGACUCCUUGUUGAGGUUGCCAGCAUUUGUCUUAAAAAGGAUCUCUGCCAUGUCCAUAAAAUCUUUCUCAUGAUAGCAAUGGAAGGAAAAGUAAGGAAAUUUGCUGCCUUGUAAUAGAGCCAUUUGCAGGAAAUAUACACCAGAGAAGGCUAUCUUCAUUUAUUAUUGAUGCAAAUGCGAGUGCAUGAUGAGUUGAACAGGCAAUGGUUUUAAAGAAUAUAUCAGAAACAGUUUGUCACUUUGUCUCAUCCUCUGACAGAGUCAUCUAGUCGUCACGCUUUUAUUUUUUUGGGACAAGACACCUCCAUUAUCGGACAGGACAGUGAGCAUACUGCAGAGCUCAAGUUUGAUUUUUAGUUAGUUUUUUUUUUUCAGUUACCUGAUGUGAUUCUCUACAACUUUUCCAACACAACCUUUCUGCCACAACCAAAACCUUAGUCUUUUACUUAAGAGCCAAAACCACUUUUGUUUUUCCUGCUAAAAAGAGUGCAUUAUAUGGUCUAAUUAAGAAGCCAACUUCAAAAUUGGCAAAAACCCACCUUUGGAUUCAGCAGACUGAAGCAGAGAAAGAAAUGGGGUGUGCUACUUCAAAGAAAGAGGAGGAAGACAGUGUUGUGUCACUGUGUAAAGAAAGAAAACGCCUCCUGAAAUUGGCUGUGGAGCGUAGAUAUGCCCUUGCAGAUGCUCAAUGUAAGUAUAACCAGUCUCUUUAUGCAGUUGCAGCUGCCAUAAGGUUAUUUGUUGCAAGGCAUUCCUCCCCUUCUUCUCCUUUCCUCAUCACUUUCCCCACUGCUUCUACUAAUGAGGCUAGUGAGACCCCUGUCACCAAUCCAAUGUUCCUUAAACAAAGGCCAACUGAGCCCAGCCAUGAAACAAUUCGUUGUCAAUCCUCUCAAUCUACAGUUUUUGUGAAGAAGGGAAGUCAAGAUCAAGGAAAAGAAGAAGUUCCAAGAACUCAAGAAGAUGAAGAGGGUUGUCUUGAAUCCUCAGAAGACGAGCGAGGGAGUGAAGAGGAAGAAGAUGAGGUAGUUUGUGAGCACUUUUAUGGUGAAGAGGCUCCACCGGCAGUGUCAUCACCAGAAAAGGCGUUUGCGUGGGAUUUCUUCAACCCUUUUGAUGGAAUGAGAACAGAGGUGGUGAGUAGCUUUACUGACAGUUCUGAUGAGGAACUGAGAGUGGUGAGAGAGAAAGAGGGAAUUCCUGACCUGGAAGAGGAUGGCGACAGAGUUAUGAGUGAGAGAAAGGAUGAGAGCGUGAAAAUUGCUGAUGGUGGUGAUGAGGAGAUUCAGAAUACAGAUGUGAGAAAUGGGGAUGAUCAUGAUGCAAAAGUGAGCCAGGGGGACAAAAAUAGUUUCAGAAUGAUCAAUACACCCACAAAUGAGAGGGACUUGUUGGAAGCGUUGAAGGAUAUUGCAGACCAUUUCCUUAGAGCUUAUGAUUGUGGUUUGGAUGUCUGUAGAAUGUUAGAGGCCAAUAGAGUUCAGCUGCAAUCUGGUUUGGAGGAACUCAAAGAGAGCUCAAAUAAACUAAUCCGGUCAAUAACUUGGAGCCGGUCUCCAUUGUCCCGAUCUUCAUCGUGUAAAAGCCUCCUUUCAUCUAGUUCCAGAAAUUCUUCAACGUGGGCAGAAUUGAAGACUGAUUUGUUUGAUGAUUAUGGAGGAAUGGAAUCUGGAAGCCAUUCACUGACCCUAGGAAGGUUGUAUGCUUGGGAAAAGAAACUUUAUGAGGAGGUGAAGGCUGCAGACCAGACCAGGAAAACUUAUGAGCAAAAAUGUUCUCAAAUGAGAAAACGUAAUGCUAAACGAGAUGGCCUCUAUGCUGGGGACAAAACCAGAGCUGAAGUAAAAGACUUGCAUAGCAGAAUAUUGGUUGCAAUACGAAGUGCAGAAACAAUCUCUGAAAGAAUUGAAAAACUGAGAGAUGAAGAGUUGCAGCCACAACUUAUUGAGCUGCUACAUGGCCUAAUGGGGAACUGGAAGAUAAUGUUGGAAUCACAUGAAACCCAAAACCGAAUCAUGUUUGAAGUUGCGUCUUUCAACUCUCCUGCGUAUGGAAAGUUUUGCAAUGACUCUCACCGUCUUGCCACUCUUCAGCUUGAGGCAGAACUUCAUAAUUGGCGUUCCUGCUUUUUAGCAUAUUUUUCUGCACAAAAGGCAUACAUUGAAGCUCUCAGUGGAUGGCUUUCCAAGUUCAUUGCCCCUGAAGUUGAAUUCUGCUCAAAGAAUAGGUCCUCGGCCCCAGCUGUAGGAGUUAAAGGACCACCAUUGCUGGCAGUCUGUCAUGAAUGGUUAGCUAGCUUGGAGAAGUUGCCAAAUGAGGCUGUAAUUUGUGCAUUGAAAAGCUUUGGAAAGGAUAUCCGGGCACUUUGGGUUCAACAAGGUGAGGAGCAAAAACAGAAGAGGAAGGUCGAUGGACUUGCCAAAGAACUUGAGAGGAAGGUGUUGGCAUUCCAGAGAACAGAGAGCAGGAUUCUUGGCUCAAAACUCUCUGAGCAGGAAUUAGAAAUAGAUGUGCGGAAUCGGAUUGAGUAUUUGGCAGAAAGAAAAAAUGUGUUGGAUAUGUUCAGGAAAAGAAUAGAUGCCGAGAAGGUAAAACACCAUGCUAGCAUGGAAGGGACGCAGCAGCUAACAUUGAAAGGGUUUCAAACUGGAUUUUAUUCAGUUUUUGGGUCCUUGGCUGAGUUUUCAAAGGCUUCUGUAAAAAUGUAUGCUGACCUUGUGACAUAUUGCGAAACUUCCAAGGUACCAGAAGAUGAGAAGGAAAGUGAAGCAAGCUAUGUCAAAGAAAUGAGCUCGUAUCUCUGGAGUUGAAGUGGCUGAGAAUAGGAAGAACGGAAAACUAGAAAAGAACUCAUUAUCUUAGGCCAUCUAUUCUUGCAGUUCUCAGAAAAUAGAGUUUCCAUAAUAAGAUAGUCCUUAAGCAGCUCGCUCAGGAAUUAUGUUUAUAGCAAGCUAUAUUGUUGUUUAAUUAGCUAAUUGUAAAUAUUAAUAGUCUUUCCCUGAUGGUAAAAGCGUUUAA